GUGACAGUUCGACUAUAAGUGAGAAGUGAGUGUGCAAUUUUCUAGUUUACAUUAGAGAUUAGAAUAUUGGAAUUCUAGAAACAAAUAAGACGUUCUAGUUAUAAUAUCACAAUGGGUUCUAUUAAAGUGAUCAUAGACGAAGCACACUUCUUAACAGAAUUAUCCAACGCCUCCACCAGACUUGUAGUAGCUGAUUUCACAGCAACAUGGUGUGGACCUUGUCAAAGGAUAGCCCCAGUAUUUCAGCAACUCUCUACCAAGUAUCCAAGAGCAGUCUUCUUGAAAAUAGAUGUUGAUCAAUGUCAAGAAGUAGCAGCUACUCAGGGUGUAUCUGCUAUGCCAACUUUCAUCUUUUAUCGCAAUAAAAUUAAAGUAGAUCGAAUCCAGGGAGCUGAUCCUACAAGUCUUGAAAAUAAAAUUCAACAAUACUAUGGGGAAUCAGAAGAGAGUGAGGAUAGUGAAGGUGUAGCAGGUCAUAUGGAUUUGACUCCCUUCAUUACCAAGGCUCAGUGUGAAUGUCUCAAUGAAAGUGAUGAUCAUCCAUUUUCUCAUUGUUUAACAUCAGGAGGUGGAUUUUUACAAUCUGAUUGUGAUGAACAGUUGAUAGUGUCUGUAACAUUCAACCAAGCAGUGAAGAUUCAUAGUUUGAAGAUCAAAGCCCCAGCUGACAAAGGACCUAAAACUAUUAGGAUUUUUAUCAAUCAGCCUAGAACCUUAGAUUUUGAUCUAGCAGAUAGUUACACCAGUGUUCAAGAUAUGGAAUUGACUCCAGAGGAUAUAGAAGGAAAUCCAAUCAACUUGAGAUAUGUUAAAUUCCAAAAUGUUACAAAUAUCCAGUUCUUUAUCAAAGACAAUCUAGGAGGGGGAGAAGUUACUCAAAUUGAUCAUUUAGUCAUCAUUGGGUCACCUAUUAAUACAACUAAUAUGGGGGAUUUCAAGAGAGUGGCUGGAAAGAAAGGAGAGAGUCACUGAUGCAUUUCAUUAAUUUUUGAA